GUAGUAUUAAAGGUACACUCGAGUUUAGAGUAAACCCUACUGCAUGUUUAGAUUAAAACAUACUCGUGUACACAGUGGCUGUAUCAUGAUUUAAGAAUUAUUGGUAAUUCUGAUGGCUUAACUUAACAACAUUGGGAGAGACUUUAUGAACACAUACAGAUGAAACAGGUUGUCAACGUUAUGAGAUAUUUGCUAAUCCAGGAUUAAAGUAAAGUAUCUUAAGUCCACUUUAUCUGGGAAUACCAAGAAGAGGAGCUGACAAGUGUAUGAAAGGAUAUACUAAACUAGACAGAGAUUUAACUUGGAAAGCUCAGCAAAUACCAGAUAAAAUUUGAUGAAUAUAUGAAUCCCUUUACAUAUAUAGAACACGAAGAGAUAAUCUUAUCAAGCUGUUAAGUCUGUAGUGUGAACAGGCAAAGCAUACACAUGUAAGGAGUCCACAACACAAUACAGCACUAAAAUUUGAGGGCCGAAUAUUAACAUGGAAGCCAUUGCUAAAUACGACUACCAGUCUACAAAUGAAGAUGAACUUUCCUUCAGGGCCAACAGUUGCUUAAAGAUCAUAGAUUUUCUCAGAGAAGAGAACAGUGGAUGGUAUAAAGCUGAACUGCAGGGUUCUGAAGGAUUGGUUCCAGGUACAUAUGUAGACCUUCAGCCUCAUGAUUGGUUCAAAGAAAUAACUCGUAAGGAUGCAGAAGAAAUGCUUAAACAUGCACCUGAUGGUAGUUUCCUGAUACGUCCUAGUGAGAAUCACCAAGCCUUCUCUAUAACAGUCAAAAAUGGCUCAAAGUCUGACCAUUGGAGGAUAAUGAGGGAUGGGGCUGGAAAAUAUUUUGUAUGGGUGGUGAAAUUUGAUUCUUUAAAUGCCCUUGUGAAACACUAUAAAUCUUCUUCAAUAUGUCGUAACAAUAAGGUGUUACUGAGAGACGACAAAUCUCCAGGUGCUACAGCCUCCUCCCCAUCAUGGAGCAAAAAAGAGGAGGUCCCCCCACCAGUGAUGGCAACAAAACAAAUCAAAGUGAGGGCACUUUAUGACUUUGAGGCUUCAGAUGCUGAAGAAUUGACUCUUAAAAAAGGAGACAUUGUCACGCUCAUUGACAAAAUUGAUCAGAACUGGUGGACAGGAUCCAUCAUGAGAGGAGGGGUGGAGAAAAAAGGAUAUUUCCCAAGCAAUUAUGUUGAAGCUUUUUGAAAUACCACCAGUGCGAUAGACGAUCAUAAUUAAUUGAGAUACUGUACAGAAAACAGAACUUGGAUAGACACGUCACUGACUAUAUACACUCCAAUGGAUGCAACUGUGUCGCCCAUCAUCAACAGGUGGGGUAGAGAAUGAGUCAGAGUAUGCUUACCAUGUUCGUAAUUUAAUUGGCGAACAAUACUGAGACAAAUAGCUGUGAUGUCAUUGCAACAAUGCAUUAGUAUAGUCAAGAUGUAUGAUGCCAUUCUAAAUGAUGAGGAUUACUACAGACUAAUCACUAACACACGGGUAGAUUUGCAAUUCCAGAAAUAAAAUUCCUCUGAUUUCAUAGCAUGGUGACUAACCAAAAAUAUUUAGUACCUGGGAUUGUAAACCAAACUUGGUCUAUAUUUACUUAAAAACUAAAAAAGUUUCCAGAAAGGAACGUUUCAGAAAGUCAUGCCAGCUAUAGGUUAUCAUGGCAUUCUUUGUAAGAGCAGAAAAAGGAUGAACUGAUUGUAAAUUUUCAAAAAGUUCUUACAAUUUUGUUAAAAAAUGUUGCUGCCUGGAAAAUGUGCCAUCAGAUAUCAUAUAUCUGGCCAAUAUAGCCUCGUUUCUUUUGCUCACUAAAAGGGAUUGGGAUUUGUUUUUAUAAGAAAGGUCUAUUUUUGACUUCAUUUAGUUUAACUAGCUUUAUCUGCCAAUAAUCAUUCCACGAUGAGUGAUAACUGGCAAAAUGAUUUUACUUUCUCUUUCUCUAUGAUUUUACUUUCUUUCUCUAUGCUUUUAGCCAAGUAGUUUCAUUAAGGCUACAAAACAGGUCACCCUAAAAGGGUAUUUUAGCAAAACGGGUGGGUUUCUUCUCUGAAGUCUUGCAAGAGAAUCUUCAGGAACAAAUUCUGAUGAUACCUAAUUGCCAUAAAGGUUUCUUGAUCAUUAUUAAUUCUGAGAUUCUUGACCUUUCUUACAUGCCAUAAGAAUGAACAAGUUAGCGAUCU